AUGCCACCUCUCAUCCUUUCUAUAAUCACAGGCUUUCACUACCAUAAUGAGGUCAAGCCGGUGUUGCCUUUGAGUGAACAUGAUCCUUCUCCCAUUGGAGACCCUACCACCUACUAUCCUGACCAGCAUGAUUGCCCACUGCCUUGUGUUGACUAUGCAAACAUCCAUAGCUGGAUCCCCUAUUUCUCUGUGGAUCGCUUGCGCCGUUGCCAGGAGCCGCUUCUUGUGCAGUUAUCCGUUACCCAGCCGCUGGACGACCUGGAGUCUACCAUACUCCUGCGCACCUGUACCUCAAGUUCCAACAUAUCGCACGCUUUUGCCGCCAAACAGAUCAAUAACCCCAAGAAAUCCGAAGAACUAUACCAGAGAAGACUUGACACCGUACCUGCAUGUGUUACCACCGGCACCGAAGUCCAGGACAGAUUAAAUCUGGCUAUUGGGGCCAGCAAUGAACGAAACAUUACCCAUGCUACUCGCCUUCUUGACGGCAUGGAGAAGUUCUUCAGUGCAAAAGAUAACUGUGACGAGAACUUUCUGUUUGCCUAUUACAACGGGACCGCUGUAGGGCUCUAUAUUGGCCCUGGUCUGGGUAAACCUACUGCAAAAUCAGCGCUCAGUGCCCUGUCGAGCUACAUACGGACCCGUGGUGCGGUCUCAAACACGGCUGUCCAGUUGUGCGGUGAUGACCGUAAAUCAGAUCGAGUUUUUGGAAUAUACAUAGAUACCACUGGCGAUCUUACAGCAGUCCAGAAGACAGUCUCCGAAUGGAGCAAAGGGAACUGCAUGACGGGGUUAAAGUCUCUAGGAGAUCUAGCAGACGUGAAGGUGAUGGAUAUCGCUGGCAUGCGCAUCACCUCUGGCAAUGAUACCACCAACAACGGUACUCACGAUAGCACCCAUAGUCACCCCCGGCUUCUAAAGAUCAGGCAUAAUUUAUUGCACACAAACUUCCUUGGCAAACGCGAUGUGUGUCGCUACAUCCAAAUCAUGCCUGGUGACAGCUGCACCUCUCUUUCUAUGCGAUGCGGUAUCAGGGGUGCCGAUUUUCUCAAAUUCAACCCCAAACAAGAUCUCUGCGCAACUUUGCAGCCCAAUAAUUACAUCUGCUGUUCGGCUGGAGAUCCCUAUACACCACCAACGCCAAAGCCUGAUCCAGAUGGCACCUGUGCCAGCCAUAUUGUCCAGAAUGGAGAUUCUUGUGACGCCAUUGCUCGGAAGUAUCGCGUUACCGUUGCUGACCUCGAAAACUGGAAUAAGGCCAAAACUUGGGCCUGGACUGAAUGUAAGGACAUUCUAGUUGGCUACAAGAUAUGUAUCAGCGAUGGUUCGGCACCUAUGCCUGCGCCUCAGGAAGGCGCUGAGUGCGGCCCAUUGGUCCCCGGUACACAAAAACCAACCAACAAAUCAAUCUCACUAGCUGAUCUCAACCCAUGUCCUCUUAAAUCCUGCUGCAGUAACUGGGGCUACUGUGGUGUAUUCCCCGGGCACUGUACUAUCAAUGCGCCCGAAGGAGGAGGGCCGGGUAGCAAGAAGAAGGGCUACGAGAAUACCUGUGUGUCUAACUGUGGCAAUGAAAUCAAGCAAAAUUCGGGACCACCGGCAAGCUUUCAGCGGAUUGGCUAUUAUGAAGCCUACAACCUUAAACGUGAUUGUUUAAAGUUAAAGGCAAAAGAUGCCAAUACUGACGGAUCCUAUACCCAUAUGCACUGGGGUUUUGCUGAAAUUGACCCUAACACUUUCAAGCCAAUUAUCAAGGAAUCCAAAGAGCAAUGGGAGGAAUUCAAAGCUCUGCCAAAUGUUAAACGUAUUGUCUCAUUUGGCGGUUGGGCAUAUUCAACCGACGCUGCUACGUAUAAUAUCCUACGCUCUGCUAUUAUUACCAAUCGAGACACAUUCGCCAGCAACCUCGCCCAAUUUGCUGAAGAUGAGGGCAUUGAUGGUAUCGAUAUUGACUGGGAGUACCCGGGAGCACCAGACAUCACGGUUGGUGGUAAACCAAUUGGCGAAAAGCGUGAUGGUCUUUCCUAUCUCAGGUUUCUUACUGUCCUGAAGCAAAAAAUGGGCCCAGAUAAAUCAGUAUCAAUUGCAGCCCCUGCGUCAUUUUGGUAUCUGAAGGCAUUUCCUAUUGAUACAAUCGCCAGAGCUAUAGACUAUAUCGUCUAUAUGACCUACGACCUACACGGUCAGUGGGACUAUGGUAAUGCAAAUGCAUUCGAUAUGUGUCCGUCAGGAAAAUGUAUCCGAAGCCAUGUUACCAAAGCAGGUGUACCUAACAAUAAGAUUUUUGUUGGUGAAUCUAGCUAUGGUAGAUCAUUCCAUAUGGCCCAAGACGGCUGCUGGGGACCAUUAUGUGAAUUCACUGGCUCUAGAACCCAGUCAGAUGCGCAACCGGGCCGAUGUACUAAGACUGCAGGUUAUAUCUCUUUUGCAGAGAUUAACGAGAUCAUCAAGCGUGGUGAUGGUGUUAAUGUGUUCCAUGACGAUGCCUCUAACACGGAUGUUAUGCUUUAUAAAGGUGACUAUAUCAGCUAUAUGACGCCUGUCACUAAGGAUACACGGCGCGCUGAUUGGAAGGACCUGAAUUUUGCUGGUAGUAUUGAUUGGGCUGUUGACCUACAGUCUUUCACAUCUACCGAUUAUGAAUCGACCCCUGAGAGGGCCUCAUCCGGGAUGGGCUGUAUUCGGGGAGGGGAUAAAACACUUGAUACUGGAUCCCUCUGUGAAUACUCCUGCUACUUGGGGUUCUGCCCCGAAAGUCUGUGUACAUGUCUAGAGAUGGGCCCGUUAAGGAACCUGCCGAAAGAACAUUCUGGGGUCAACGUUGUAGCCGAGGACGAAAAUGACGUGGAAAUGACCCGCCUUUGCAUAUUCUCCUGCAAGUAUGGUUUCUGUCCAGGCGAUAUAUGCAUAACCCCAGUUGAUUGGAGCAACGAUGGACCAGAAAUGGUUGGCGAUAACCCUGAUGCCUUCAAUACAUCCGACGCUAGGUGGCAAAACUCACAUAGAUGUUUUGUCUACAAAGAUGCCCCAUAUGACCAUAUAGGCCUGGAACAAUGCAGCCGUGCAUGCAAACCAGAAAUUGACGCCGCCAAAGAAGCCGGUAGAAUGUACAACGUGGGCUGCCUAGGCUUUUGGCCCCUUGAGAAGGAAGUGCCCUGGGUAAGAGAUCCUUCGAGUAUGCAUGAAGUUGCUGAUGGGAUGUGCCUAUGUGAUAGUGUAUUUCUCAAUGAACUUGCAACAACUUUUUUGGAAGCGUUGCCAGCCAUCGGUCAGAUCGGCUGCUAUAUUCUUUUAUCAACUAUCAAAUUGGUGAUAGAUAUAGGCACGGCGAUUAUUCCUCCUGCGGGGAGAGCCAUCAGUGCUGGUUUGGAUGCCGUUAUGACAGCUGCACAAUUGGCUUCAUACGUUUAUUCUGAGACGGAAGACCCUGCCGGCGCGUUUGAGUGGUGGUUAAGCCCAUGUGGCGGAUCUGACCUUGUGCCAGACGACCUUAAGAAGGCCUUCGAUAUCCUCAGCGGAGUGGCAGAGGGAAUAUCAAGCUUCCGAAAGCCAAAAAAUAUUGGCCGGGGAAGUGGUAAAAAGGGUGAUGAGGGUAACCCGAGAACUCCCACGCAGCCCCGGCCUAAGGCGCCUACUAAGCCCAAACCCACAGGGCCGAAAAAGAAGAGAUGCUAUAUCCCACCUAGUAAGGAAACGGUGCGCCUCGGCAGAGCCAAGAAUACAAUCCGAGUGCAGUCAUGUGUCUCCAGCAGAACAGUAAGGCAGGAGUUAAUUAUCACAUCGAUUUCAUACGGACCAACGCCCACUGCAACAACAGCAGAUUGUGCUAAAUCCUUAUCACAAGCCUGUUUUCACUACAGCUCAGCCAUUCGAGUCAAUCCGCACUGGGCAACGCUGACCUGCCCCCCCGAAGCCGCCGUCACCGCCAACGAUCGGAAGGAAGGCAGUGCAGUCGCAGCAUGGUCUUCACAGCAUAGCGGUGCCGGGUGGCAGGACGGAGCCAACCGCGCCCAAACUAAGUGUCAGAGAGAUGAGUAUCCACCAGCUUACUUCCUCGGUCCCAACGAUCCGGCGCGCACAAACAGUGGAUUGAAUGCCCAGGGACAACUGAUAAGAUGGCUUCCUGGCAGAGAAAAUGGAGGAGGCGGCCAGAUAUGGUCAGGAGCUUGCUUCAUCGGCCCAGUCAAGGCUCUCUCUGAUCAAGAAUUUAGAAGGAAGGUCGAGCGGGCGUCAGGGGUCAAUAGGAGGGUCUUAAGGGCUGGGGAUUUGACGCAGACGAUGGCGCUCGUCGACGUUCCCACGCGACCCGAGUUCAGUUUCACCUCAUGGGGUCAUUCGGCAAAUCCACCAUAUAGAGAUGGGUUGGAGGCUAACCCUUGUUGGCCAUCUGGUAUUGCUGCCCUGGAUCCAGGCUUCACCCUCCUCACAUUUGACCCCUUUUACAACGGACAGUCUCCUCCAUACGACUACAAGGCGCCAUAUGUCAAAGGUUCAAAUGGAUCCUGA